CACUUCGCCGCGGAGCAUGCUGGACACCGCCUCGCUCAGAGAAAGCCUGCCCGACUCGCCCUCGAGGGGGGGCAAGGCGCCCCCCUACGACGCGGUUCAGAUGUCUCUCGACCUGCAAGAGCGCUAUGACGUGGACGUCGACCUGACCGGCACCAAACUCGCGGCCGUAACGUCAUCCUUGCGAGAAUGCCUCUCACCAAGAACAUUCGCCUUCUUGCAGACGCUGUGCGAGCCGGUGUUCUCGCGGUUAUCGCCAGACCUGGUGAACGUGGAGGCCAUGCUGCGGCAGCUCGAGACCGCCCUCGUCCGCUCGCUCGACGUGUGCUCGCGCGGAGUUGAGGGCGAGGACCCUGAGAAGCUCUUUGAACCGCUCGCGGGCUCGCUGGUCGCGAUGCUGCGGGACGUGGUCUCCAAUCCGGCGAAGGUGGUGGAGAACGCCAGAUUGAAGGCCUCCGACGAGGCGCGCCAAGGGGAGCGCGACGCAGCAAAGAAGGCCAAGGCGGCGGCCAAGGAGGCCAAGCGAGCGCUUGCGGCGUCCAGAAAAGCGGCGCGGCUAGCGCAGCGGCAAGAGGGCGGGCGGGAGGAGAUCGCCGCGGGCGGAGACGAGGCGGAGUGAGCCGCUGGCCGCCCCUGAGUCUCGAAAGGGGCGCGGCUCGCGCGCUGCUGGCCGGGGGGCGCGUGGAGGGGGGAGGGGGGGGGCGCUCCGUACGAUUACUUGUGGGCAUGGUUGAUGCCGCUGCACAGCAUGGCGGGGAGGGAGGGGAGGGGGGACAGCGUCCGGAUGCCGAGCCCAAGUAGUACUUUGCGGGCGCCGGCGCGCCUCCGGCUGCUACCUCGAGGUGUGCGCACGGUCUUGCACGUUGAGCAUGAAGCGGGAGGGUGGUUUGUGGGAGCGUCUUGCGGGGCUUGUCCGGAGGUGUGUGCGGGGUACGAGCACGCGCCUGUGCGUGGCACCGCGGCAUGGUCCAUGUGGAGAGUUUUGAGUAGUGCGCAACUUUUGGUUUUGCGGUUCGUGCUCUCAUCUACGAGCGAUGUUGAUUUGGAAUCCUGUCAACGAUUGGAUUGUGUAU